GCAUACGUAAACGACCACUUUAGACUGACUUGGUCCGUGGCCACCGCCAUCAAUACAUUUCGAACAUCCAACCCACCAUAUAACAAAGGCACCAUCUAACAUGAUGUUAUCCCGUCAUCACGUCAUUCCGCCAUCACGUCAUUCCGCCAUCCUGUCAUCCAGGUCCGUCGUUCUCUACAGUCUUUGAAUUAUACUGUUUACCCAGGUACUCAAGCUAAGAAAGUGACGCUUUGACCAACUUACUGUGACGAGAAGCUGAUGUCUUCCUGGCCAAAGCGAUCGACGCUACCAUGGACUGAGCCAGCUCAAAAUUGCAGCUGGUGGCAGGAAUCCCAAUAUCGUCCAUUCAUUGAUUGACAGCCUCACUGGUACGAAUAUGGCAUAUCUGAGAAUAUCGCAUGAUCCUUUUUCCGUAUAUUUACAAACUCUCCGAGUUGCUGGGGUCGUUUGCUUGUUUGGAUUUCUCGCUCUCCAUGUUGCAACGUCUAGAACGCAUAGUGGUUUGAAUAAAUUUGACUAUGUGGUCCUAUUGGAAGAAGUGGAAGAAGUAUCAGUCGCUUGCACCCGAAGACGAAGCUUUGAUAAUCUCCCAGUUUGCUGCUAUGAUAUAAAUAAAGCUUUUAUCGAUACUGAUUAAAUAAAGACUCUGUAAAUAUACGAUAUGAAUGUGUCCGGCUCUUUUAGAGACAUACUAG